GCAGUCAAUGCGCAGGCGCUUUGUGAACGUGAAGAGCAAGUGCAGUAAUAAACAUUACAGUUAAUAAUUAUGAACUGAAAAGGGAUGUGGUAAAGCCAGAGAAAAGUGUAAAUUAAUUUCAUUAUAAGGCAACUGCAUUAAACAAUAAUGGGGAAGUCUUUUUCUCAUUUGCCAUUGUACAAGUCUAAGGAAGAUGCAGUUGACAAUUGUACUCAUCCCGAUACUGAUAGGAAAGUGCUUAUCCAACCUGAUGGCCACAGUGAAGAUGGAAGACAUGGUGAUGUGUCACAGUUUCCAUAUGUGGAGUUCACAGGAAGAGACAGUGUCACAUGCCCAACAUGUCAAGGAACAGGGAGAAUUCCAAGAGGUCAGGAAAAUCAGCUUGUAGCACUGAUUCCCUACAGUGAUCAGAGGCUGAGGCCAAGACGAACAAAACUAUACGUGACUGCUUCAGUAAUCCUUUGCCUGCUGCUGUCUGGGCUGGCUGUAUUCUUCUUUUUUCCACGCUCUAUUGAUGUGACAUAUGUCGGUGUGAAGUCUGUGUAUGUCGGCUAUGAUCCCAACCAACGGGUAGUUUACUUGAAUAUUACAAGUACCCUGAAUAUAACAAACAACAACUACUACUCUAUCGCAUUAGAAAAAAUAAAUGCACAAGUCCAAUUUUCAAAAACUGUCAUUGGCAAAGCACGAUUAAACAAUUCAACUCAUAUUGGAGGACUGGAUAUGAAACAGAUUGACUACAUGGUACCUACAGUGCUGGCAGAUGACACCAGUUAUAUGUAUGAAUACUGUACCCUUCCUACCAUCAAAGUCCACAACAUUGUAGUAAUGAUGCAAGUCACUUUAACGGUAGCAUACUUUGGACACACUGAGCAGAUUUCUGAAGAAAAGUAUCAGUAUGUUGACUGUGGAGCAAAUACCACCUACCGUCAGGGCCAGACAGAAUUCUUAAAUGUUUUACAGCCACCUCAGUAGAAUCCUGAUCCAACUACUGCUAUCAAAAAUUGUGGUGUGUAGAUGGCCCAUUUCCAGCCAUCUUGGAUGUGUUUCAGCCACAGGAAAAAAGCUAGCAAGAAGAGAUACCUGUGCUUAUUGUGUACAUAUUUUUAAUGAAUGCAGCUCAGAUUUUCAUUGUUGCUUUUGUUUAUUGGUUAACUUAUAAAAAAAUACUAAUGUUUGGGAUUUUAGAUGGUGUUGCAUACUCCUGUGGAAUAAAUGUGCACACACAUCAGAGUUUCCUUAUGAGGGCCUGCAUGUUUUUAUCAGUAAAUAAAAGUAGCAUCCCAUUGCUAUUACGGUCACUUAAUAAUGAUAUCUGUUCUGUUUUCUGAUGUUGGUAACGCUAUAGUUUUUAAUGUAAAUUCCUUAUGUAUUUGAAUGCAGUUAUAUGUUGAGAUUAUGCCACUUUUUUCCCAGUACAGAAUUCACAGUUGGCUACCGUUUUGUCAGUUCAUGUAAUCUCAGAAUUGUCAUAUGGUUUUGUUCACUUUUUAAAAUAUUUUUUUAUAGCAAAAUGUUUUGCACCUGUUACCGACAUAUACUGUACUGUGUACAUUUGGUGUUCAAGUACCCUGUGGUCAUUGUGCUGUUUUUUUUCUUUGUAUUGCUGUUACCUGUUGUCAGGCAACUUAUUUAUAGCAAACAAUACUUUCAGAAAACAAACAGUGGCAGCAAUUACAAAUAAAGCCUUCAGGAAAAUAACAUGCUGUAAAUUAAUGUGUUUAAUAACAGAGAUGUUUCCCUGAAAUUCAAUGUUCUAUACUUGUGCAGCUUCCACAUUCUGUGAUGUAUGCUGCUACCACACUAGAUGCAGUUAUUCUAAGACACCAUAUUUAACAGCUUCAGCAGGUUAAAUUCAGUCAUACUGUACAUCAAAAUUCUAGGCUUAUGUUUUGUUCUUGACCCAUUCAUUUUGAACUCUUGAUAUUGCUAGUUAUUGCUUGCCAGUGUAAGCGUUAAACCAUUUGUACUCCUGUUCAUGUUGAUGUUUUUCUUUUAAUAACUUUUUGUCCUUAAUUGGUUGAUGUCCGUCAUUUAGUUAUUUGUUUAAAUCCAUUUUGAGGCUUCCUGUUCAUCCUCUUCUUCUACUUCAUUUAAUUUGAGAGUCUGAGAAUUAUCCAGUAGCUGGAGAUGAGAUCUUGUUUGUAUUGGGUCUCCCCAUGCUGUAAGUCAAGAUAAAUGUGAAAACCUGAAAAGCAAUAUUAAAUAUGGACUGUAGAAACCUUAACAUGAACAAAAUAAUUUACGUCAUACUUUUCUUCUGCUGACACAUGCAUGUUAUCACAUUUUUCUUACCCCGCACAAGAGAUCUCUUUGAGACAUGUCUUUCAGCCUUGCAAGAGUACUGGAAUCAGAAUUUAAUGUGAAAGUGCAAGGCAUUGUAGCGAGUCAGUGGCAAGACAUGAACAACACUUCUUCAAGGGAAGUUGCUUCAGUAGUUGAGAUAAUUUGUCUAAUAGAAUAUGUUGUUGAUCCUUGUCACUGGAAGUCAAGAAUGCAAAUGUUUGAAUUCUUUUCAAGUGCGGUAGUAUUCCUGGUGUUCAUAUUGGCUUUUUUUUGGAGUAAGCAGAAGCAGCAUGCUGUUCUAGACAGUAAUGUACAGAUGAGCAGGGUUUCAUUUCUUCGUUAUUAUAGCAAAGGCUUGGAGUGUGAGUUUGCAUUUUGGCUGUGCAGAUUUCACUUUGCAUCACAGCUACAGCAAGGUCGAUAGAUUUGGUCUACUCUGUCAAGUAAAAAUGCAGAAGGCAAGUGGUAUAUCUGCAGAUGGCCAACAUCAAGUUUGUCAGAUGUCGAAGCCCAAAUCACAACAUGCAAAAGAACAAAACUCCAUGCAUUGUUUUCCAUAUAAAUCACUGCCAGAAUUAUUCUAAGUGUGUGCUGGUAGUGAUACCUUCCUUUUGGGAAAUUUCUCCAUGUUUAGCAUUUCUGUGACUGUAGAGUUGGUAUGCGUAAGUUUAUGGAUGUAGGAGGCUUGCCUCUUUGCACAAAAUGCUUACAUUUGGAGAUUUCACCAUUAUGAAAUUGCAGGUAUGUGUGUUCUGUGUUUUGGUUCCUCAGAGUAUAUAAUCAUUCUAUCUUUCUUAGGAGAUCUAGGGAAGUAAAUCUGACCGUAUAAGUCAUGUCAAACUCAUGAAUCUACUGUGGUCUAAUUAUUGUAUUUGUUAUGCUGACAGGAAAUCAGUAGUUGUUACUGGUAGUAGUAGACUAUUUAAUUUAACUCCUCUAACAUCUUCCCUCAUAUUAGCAUUUUUCCAUGUUUCUUCCAUGGUUUCCUGUAUUUCAUCGAUGUUAGUAGAAACAUUUACACUAGAUGUUUGUGGAAAAAAUGUGGCUUACACCUGUCAGUUCCUCACAUAUGUAAAAUCAAGAGUGGCUUCCUGUUUUGGAUCUGAAAUGGGUGUAUUACUUUCUAUAUGAUCACUAAUUCAAGCUUUUCAUCCUCUUUGUAGUAUCAUUUUAUUUCUGAUCCUAAAAUAGGUUUCGUCCUGGGGAAUGGAAGUUUGCAUUUUUUGUCAGUGUUCUAAAUUGCAGGAUAGAGUAAUUUUAUAGGAAUUAUUUUUAAGCAGAUACCAUCAUUUGGGCUCAUCUGUUUCAUUAUUCCUGUGGCAGCCUUUUUUGUUUUUGUUUUUUUGCACCAUGAGCAUGUUGGUUGCUGAUGGUCGUUGAUUUGAUACAGUCUCUCAUCAAGUAAAUGAGGCUGAUGAGUUUUCCAAGUAGUAUUUCUUCACUUUCUAACAUCUAAUUUGUCUCCUGUGGAUCACUUUCUAACAUCUAAUUUAUCUCCUGUGGAUUGACCCACAUUAGCCUAGUGUUCAAAACUGUAGCAGAGUUAGGUACCUACAGUUAUGUGGAGGUUCACUAAAAGCACCAUCAUUGCAAUAUAAGUGAGAAUAGCACAAGACACUAAAUAGAAUUUGGAAGUAUACUCCAAUGAAUGUCCGUAAAAAGGAGUGAGCAUAUAAUGAACAAGGCCUAAGCUUGUACCUGUUCAUUAGUGUGACUAGUAAUCGCUUUGUGAUCUCUCAAUACAUUUUUUGUAGGAAAACAAGAGUCUGCCUUUUGUCAAUUUUGUGAGAAAGUUGUUUUAAUUACCAGGUAACUUUACUAGCAGGAAAUGAACCACAUUUCACUGGGAUUAAAAGCAGAUAUACUAAUGGCUUCCUGGAGGAAUAAAUAAAAUAAACUUGAAUUCUCUACUUUUUACCCCUUACUAACAAGGGAAGGCAGAAGCUUGGGUUUGGAGUGAAACUAAUAAUGGUUAUAAGGAGAUCAUUUCUUUAGAUAUGCAUCCUGUUGUAGAAUGUAAUUGUUGACUUUAAUAUGGACUCAGAACUAGCUAAUAACCCAAGUCAUCUCAAGUCCAUUAAAUUAAGGCUUUAUACUUAAAGGGAUGGCAUUUUUUCCAAUGAAACACUUAAAUUCAUAAGUAGGUAAUCCAAUACCCAUUACUGAUAACAACAAAUAAAUAAAUGUAAAGAAAGCUAAUUUUCAAAAGUAAAUAAGGAGUAGACUCAAAAAGAUGCUUAAAAAGAAAUUUUCAUGAAGUGAGGUAAUAGGUUUUUCAACAGGAUAAAAUGCAUCUCUUGAUUGGGUGUCUGUGCUAGUUAAAUACAAAUUUGCAUAGCUUUAGAAAAUCCCUAAGGUAUGUUUAACAGAUUUGUAGGCAAGUUAGUAUUUCCCAUAGCUUAUCAAAGUUGCCAUCAAUAUUAAGCUGGUAGAUGUAACCACUAGUAAUGAAACAAAUCUGCAUCUUUACCCCCAUAGUAACAUCUCUAGUCAUCAGCAUAAUUCGUAAAAAAUAUGUUAUAGAUAAACAUGUAUACAAUAAACAUUUUUAAGCUGAAUACACAUCUUAUGCAGUGAUGUGUGUAACUGGAAAAGUUGCAAUGGUGUCUAACCUAGGUAUAGAAUUAUAUAAAAUGACAAAAAAAAUUAAUUUCUUUUUCCUUGGUAUAAUUUUUAGCAGAUUCUUUUUAGAGGCACAGAAUAAAUGCUCAAUUUAGCUUUAUUGAGGGAUUAAGUAGGAGAGGAAUUAUAUUGUAUAUUUAGUAAAUUAUGGAUGGCAUGAGUUGUAAUGGUGUGGGCUAGGAAAGGAUAAGCCAUAGUAGUGGGCUUGUGCAAAAAAUUUCCAUGAAAUUUGAUGGGAAGCAUCUCAUUAUGGAAACUUGAUUAAAAUGAGUCAAAAUAGCAGUGGCAUCAUCUAUACUAUGCGGAUGUAGCAUAUAGUGGAAAUGAACAACUGUAAUGUAAAUGUCCUAGUUGCAUUCACUAUGCCAAGUAAAGAAAACACAUGUGCCUAAGAGUCCUGUGUAAUAGAAAUCAGUUGUUUGCACCAAGAAAUCUUGCAAACAGAUUAAAAUUGCACUGAAGUAACAAACUCCUAAAACAAAAUUGCCCAACUGAUAUAGCAAGCAUAUAGAAUACUGUCUGAUUUGGUAAAAACUGGUUUACUUUUCUUUAAAUGUUGUAUUCUGAAAAAAGAUAAUUAUAUUUUGCACAUCUUGGUUGUGCUUAAGAUAGAAAAAAGUUAAUUCAUCGGGAUAAAUAGUAAUAUUGAUUUAUGUUAAUAACUUUUGUAACAUUGCAGUGUUCUCAAGAAGAAAGGGAUUCACUGUUGCUCCUGGUUGCAGCUCUGUAUUUUAGACAGCAGCCCUUCUGGAACCUGGGGAGGCUUGAUGAUCAGCUGGCAUGAGGCCACAAAAAACUAUAUACAAAUAGCAAAAUAUACAGAUACUAUUAAUUUUAAUUUUAAAAUAAACAGUAAGUUCUUAGUGUUUCAUUUAUAAGGUUCAUGAUAACUAUAACAGUAUAAUGCAUAAAACAGGUAUUCUGUAUUAAGCAAAUCAGAAUCCUUGACAGCAUCAUAAAUAUUACAAACUUGAGUAAGUGAAGUUGAAUUCUGAUGCUGUCAGAAAUGCAUGAUGAUAAAUUGUAGUAAGAUACAAGUGUCAGAUUUUGUCUAGGCAAAAAAUAUUAGAAAAGAGCAGGGACUAUAUUCUCAAAGACUUGCUCCUGGUGGAAGACCUAACUAUAAGACUGUUUACACUGGAGUAAAUCAUUUACGCCAACAAGUCUAUCAAAAUGAGGGUACACAUCUGGAUGAAAAACAAGUUGAUGAUUUCACUACUAUUUUAUAAUCGAUGUUUAAUAUUGUGACUGGUUGAAAACUGUCAGUAGAGGAGCUAUUUUUGACUGUUUUUGAAUUAGUAAAAAUGUUAGCAUGGUACAUAAAUACGGAAUUAUCUAAUCAUGAAUGGAGGAAUUCUGCUGCAUACGUAAAAUGAGCAGAACUGCUUGUUGAGAAUAAAGCUUGAAGAAAAUCUGUUCAGAGGAGAAAACAUCAGGUUGUAGAACUAUAUUAUCUUGUAAGCUUUGAUAUCAUGAUAAGCAUCUUGUAAUAUGAAAAAAAUGGUAUUUGUAGAUUUGUUUGGGUUAUCUUUUAACCAAGCCUGUAUUAAAUUAAUUUAAUCAAAUCAUGUGAUGUUAUAUAUUUGAUAGAAAUAUUGGUAGAUUUGAUUUAGUACAUUUCACUGAUCACUCAAGGCAUUACUCUGAAAGUCAAUUAAUUGCUUAAUAAAGUUUCUUUAAAUCUG